ACACCAGUUCUUGAUUUCCCUCAGUUGUCUCAUGUGCAUAUAUCAACUCUUAUAUAAAUUGCCACUUUUUCAACUGAAAAAAUUAAGACCAUUUUGAGCUGCACAUUUUGUGAUGGCUAAGGCACACAUUUCUCUACUCCUUUGUGUUUCUGUCGUCUUGCUCAAUGUCGUCUCUCACUCAGCUGAUGAGGCGUCGCCUGCCAUUUUCGUACUAGGUGACUCGACUGCAGAUGUUGGGACGAACCAGUACCUGCCUGAGACCAUUUUCAGAGCUGAUUUCCCUCCCUAUGGCAUAGACUUCCCCCAUUCGCGCCCAACGGGAAGGUUUAGCAAUGGCUUCAACAGUGCAGAUUUUGUAGCCAAGCUCUUUGGCCUAAAGAGGAGCCCACCUCCCUACAUGUAUCUUCUCACACUGAAUCCUCAUCAUUUUCGAAAGCAUCUGCUGAGAGGCGCGAACUUUGCAUCAGCCGGUGCAGGGAUUCUUGACAUAACCGGUCCAAACGGGAGCGUCGUGCCAUUAUCACAGCAGAUCAGCCAGGUCUCUGAAGUGAAGGGCAACCUCACUCUCCAGAUUGGCUCUGCUGCAGCAGACUCGAAGCUCUCGAGAUCCAUGUUCUUCAUCAGUGUAGGGAGCAAUGACAUAUUUGGCUAUUUCAAGGCCAACAGCACAAUGCAGAAAAACAAAUUCAUUGCCAUUGUGAUCUCAACAUAUUCAGACCACAUCAUGAAACUGUACAAGCUCGGAGCAAGAAAGUUCGGUAUCAUAAGCGUGCCACCUGUUGGAUGCUGCCCGUCACAAAGACUAGUGCAGAAAGCCCUCUAUGGAGCCGAUGGCUGCUUUGAGCUGCAGAACGACUUCGCCUUGACCUUUCACUCAGCGCUGGACACGCUCCUGAGCCACCUCAGCACGCAGCUGCCGGGAUUCAAAUACUCCCUUGGAAACGGAUACAAAAUGUCGAUUGAUGUCAUAAACAAUCCCCGUGCCUCAGGAUUUGAGAAUGUGGAUGCAGCAUGCUGUGGAGACGGGCUCCUGAACGCGCAAGUCCCGUGUAACUCUUCAACAUCGGUCUGCUCAGACCGUCGCAAGUUCUUGUUUUGGGAUAUGUUCCAUCCCACCAAGAAAGCAGCGUUUCUGGCUGCACAGACACUCUACAAUGGCCCUCCAUAUUAUGUCUCACCUAUCAACUUUUCUCAGUUGGCUAAGGACUAUUAGUAUCAAGAAACUACGUCGUUUUCCUUUCAUUUUUCUUUCAUUUUUCAAGAAUAAAUGAACUGUAACAGAGAUCUAAAGUCACCACAUUUUCUUUAACUUAAUACUGUCAAGUUUGACAGCAGCAGACUUCAUUUUCGGACAUUGUUUUUCCUUCAGCUACAGUCGUACGAAUGUAUCUGUAAGUAUCAGAGUUUGGAUCUCUGUCAUCAUAAAUUUACAAGAAAUCAUCAAUGGCUUCAAGAAUUUUUUUAAGCA